CUACUUUGCUGGUGCAUGCUUUUCGCGUUUUGUUUAGUAAACGCAUCAGCAAACGUCGUGCAGUUGCGGCCCGCGCCACACCGAUUCACCCGCGAGACGAGAAUGAAUAACCCGUGCGUGAUCCCACGUCGCCCCGAAGAUGAAGUGGGCGAUCAGCGAUGGGACAGCAUGCAUAAGCGCUACGUCAACGAGGCGCGCACCUCCGAGCCCGAGGUGGUCUUCGUCGGCGACAGCAUCAUCCAACAGCUGCAGUUUACCACGCUGUGGAACGAGCGCAUCAAUUCGCUGCAUUGCCUCAACUUCGGUAUUGGCGGCGACAGAGUCGAGAACGUGCUCUGGCGCGUGUUAAACGGCGAGUUCGCAUUCAACACGAAGAUCAAGGCGGUGGUGCUGCUCGUAGGAACGAACAACACGGACUGCACACCGCACGAAGUCUUCGAAGGCAUCGUAGAGAUCGUUAAAGCAAUCAAGGCGAAAAUCCCCAACGUGCAUAUCAUCCUGCCAACGCUUCUACCGCGUGGCCAAAACCCUAAUCCCUAUCGCGAGCGCAACGAGCAUGUCAACACCUUCCUACUUGACAAGUUCGAGAACAACGCCAACGCCGAUGAACACACCGCUAACGUCCACGUUAUCAAAAUCCACGAACAUAUCAUUCGUGGGGACCAAACCAUCUCGCAUCACGUUAUGCAUGACUACCUGCAUCUCACCGAUUCCGCAUACAGCAAUAUCUUCGCGCCCGUCUACGAGAAGCUCGUCCAGCUCCUACAGCAGUGAAUUCCUAAUCUCUUCUUCCUGAUUUAUUAUAUUCUAUCUUUUUUGGCUAUGUAAAGAUUUUAUACACGCGUUUGAUCAAUAAUACUAGUAGGAUAUAUUUAAA